GAAAAUUUUCUUGAAUUGAUGAAAUGCUCUCUGCAGGCUCUUCCAAUAUAUCUAGAUAAGCUGUUUCACCCUGUAGUUGCCGUCAUUCUCUCAGUGACUUUUGUUCUAGCUUUCGGUGAGAUCAUCCCACAAGCAAUAUGUUCUAAAUAUGGGCUUGCUGUGAGUGCAAAUUUCUUGUGGCUUGUGCGCAUCUUGAUGAUAAUUUGUUAUCCUAUUGCUUACCCUAUUGGAAAGAUUCUGGAUUCCAUCUUGGGCCACAAUGAUGCUUUGUUUAGGCGACCUCAGUUGAAAGCACUUGUUUCUAUCCACAGCCAGGAGGCUGGGAAAGGAGGUGAACUCACUCAUGAUGAGACUACUAUCAUAAGUGGAGCAUUAGAUUUAACUGAAAAGACUGCAGAGGAGGCUAUGACCCCUAUUGAAUCAACUUUCUCGCUAGAUGUCAAUUCAAAAUUGGACUGGGAAGCAAUUGGGAAAAUCCUUGCUCGUGGACAUAGUCGCAUUCCUGUCUAUUCAGGAAAUCCAAAGAACAUUAUUGGACUUCUAUUGGUAAAGAGUCUUCUUACUGUACGGGCAGAAACAGAGACCCCAGUUAGUGCUGUUUCAAUCCGAAAAAUCCCUAGGGUACCGGCAAAUAUGCCCUUGUAUGAUAUUCUCAACGAGUUUCAGAAAGGAAGCAGUCACAUGGCAGCUGUCGUGAAAGUGCGAGAGAAAGAGAAAAUGCAUAAUUCUUCUGUUGAUCCCGGGAAAAUUGGAGAAAACAAUUUUACCAAUGGCCAUUCGCAAUUGACUAUUCCGUUGCUGAACAAGCAUGAUGGUAAAUUAAAUAAUGUUGUGAUCAACAUUGAGAAGGCGUCGAAAGAUAGUUUGCAAGACAAGGAUCUGUUGAAGGAUAUUGAAGAUGGAGAAGUUAUUGGCAUUAUCACUUUGGAAGAUGUAUUUGAAGAACUUCUUCAAGAGGAAAUUGUUGACGAGACAGAUGUAUAUGUCGAUGUACAUAAAAGAAUACGUGUGGCUGCUACUGCUGCUGCUUCAUAUGUUGCUCGAGCACCUUCGAACCGUAGGCUGUCUGGUCAAAAGCCAUCAUCAGUCAAUCAUGCGAGCAGAGAAGCAGAACCGUACAUCUCCAUAUGAUAUAAAGGCGUGCCCUAUGCUCCUUGAUAUGCUUCGAACAACGUUGAGUCGACCGGAGUUUCGAACUUCUUCGAGAUGAAAUCGAGCUUGGUUUCAUGUCGCACCCGCUGCAGUUGCAGUGUGUUAUUGGGUUUAUCAGAACGGAAAUCUUUUGGCUAUGGAAUGAAGAAUUCUGAACAUUAUUCGGAUUUAUAUAAGGUAUGGGCACAAAGUCAAGAUAUGGAGAUGGGAGGGAAUGUGCAGUGAAGGAGAAGUUGUUAUUUGUCCCCUGAUCCUACCCUACUGGAAAAUGACUUGGUAUCAUCUGUUGACAUGUUUGAUACAAUGAAUUAUGGAAAAUUGAUAAAAUGAUGAACAAACAUCUCACGUGUCUUUUCAAUCGUAUCAUUCUUAUUAGUGCAGAACUGGUCAUGAGGGCAUCUCCAUUGUGAACUCUAAAUCAUCGAACUGUACCGUUUAUGGGUAUAAAGUUACUCCAAUGCAAUAUUAUACUUUGUAUCAUUUUGAGUCAACACUAUUCACUUUGCACUACACCAAAAUGGUGCAAAGUGGUGAAAGUCUAUUUUGCCA